UACAGAUUACAAUUACUUUAAAUGAAUAAACUUACUUUGUAACUUUAAUAUUAAAUCGAAGCAAGCAAGGUUAACUCAAUAAAAUGGAGAAAAUCAAACUCUACGAAGAAUUUAAGUUGAUCGAAAAAACUGAGGCUGAAGUGAACGGAGCAUGGAAAGGCGCUCAUUUGCUUCUAUUCUUCAUGGCUUUUGUAUUCGGAUCAUUCUGCACGUUUUGCUUCCACAUGAUUAUGUAUCUUUUCGAUGAGAAGUGCGUUCUUUUCCCGAAGCUGCUCUCACUGACUUCUUUAAGACAUAACCUUAUCUAUGAAUUCAUUCCAGACGAAAAAAUGGCUGAAAUGCUGCCCGUCGAUUUUCUUAGCACACAAUGGAUAGAUAAGAGCGCGUGCUACCUGCCCACAUACGUACCUCUGGUCUCUGGAAUCUUCGGCCUCGUGUGGACCACCAUGUUCCUCAUGUGCUCCGCCAGCAGCCGUACACUCACUGGAUUACAAAGGCCAUGGCGCGUACUGCCUCCCGUAUUCGUGUUCUCGCUGCUGAUGGGCGGCCUGUGCGUGUACGCGUCCGCCGUCACUCAGCUCGGCCUUGACGAACUCUGCCUCAAGCUCGGCGAGAUCACAGGCAGUACUACGUGCACAUACACAGUGAACGUAGCAACGUUAGCGUAUGAGCGACGUAUACGCGGUGUGUACCAGGCGACGCAGCUUACAGUAGCGGCGGCCUGGCUGCACACCGCUUGCUGGCUGCUAUCCGCCCUGCUGGCGCUAGUCCGCGUCAUCCUCGCCGUAGACUUCCACCUCGUGCGCGUCACCACGCACUUACAGGGUGAUAUAGACAAGAUGCUGCAACGAUAUGAGAGACACGUGCGAACAGUUACUCCCGAUUUCAAAGAUACUAAAGACUACAGCCUAUCGUACAGCGUAACGCGAGUUCAUUUCAAGAGACCUUUUGGUUCAAGAAGUCCUGAGGGCGAGACUUUAUACAUUUCCAGGCGACCUCAAUAUAAAUCUGAGACAUCUUUAGUUGCCGAGGAACAAAGUAAACUACGCAGAAAAACCGUAUAUAAAGGUGUUCCUAAAGAGAAUCAAUUUAUUGUCGACUUCCUAUACGAUAUAAUAGAAACGAUAAACUUAACCCCAUCAAUAAGGGAAUCAUCAUCGAGCUUAGAUUAUGAUGGUUCAUCUGUAUCUUUAAUUAUGCGUCAAUAUGGACAAGAAAGAAUUAAAUCACAAGCAGAAGCAUACCGUUCGCCCGGAGGAUCCCAAGAAUAUUUAUCGAUAGAUCUUCAUGAAGAAGAAGAGAUAUUCAGCGAGAUAAAAAGAAAUAUAAUCCAACACUUGAAUAAAACUUUAGAUAAAAUGCAAUCCGAACGCGUUAUUACGCCUUUUCAUGAAGAAAGUUAUGAGUCGGUGUUGAAUAUUACGCCUGACUUGAAAGAAAUUUUGGAAAAGAAAACACGGGAACUGAAACAAGAUGAGAUAAUUGAAGAGGUUAAGGAGACUGAUGAAAACAAAAUAGAAGAAAAACAAGAAGCUGUAGAAGGUCCUAGCGUUAGCUCAGCGGUGGCUAAUGAGCAACAAGAAGAGAUAAAGCCUCGGAUAAAAGAAAAACAGGAUUAACCGACAUUUAUGAUGACAAUAAUUAUUUUCCUUAUGAGUUUUAGCAUUGAGAAAUAUGCGAAUUUGUAUUUCAAUAAAAUAAUAUCACUUUAACACCAAUGAUUGUCAUAAAAUGCAAUUCCUUGCUCACACAUAUUAUCAUGAGAUGAGAUGGAUCUUAAGAAUGAAAUAUUUUCAGUCAU